GACAAAGUGAGCCAAGAGCUGCUGCUGUUUAGAGUAAACAGACUGCAGGAGGAAACAUGUGGGCAGGGUAUGGCCGAGCCGUCACCUGGUCUAGCUGUCAGAUCACCUGAGCAGGAAUCUAAUUCACUUCAUCACCGGCUGCCAGUGGAGUCAUGGAGCAGGAGAGGGACCAGACUGGAGCCCUCUGGGAUGACCAGCUGCUACCUGAUGGAUAUCCUGAGCAUGCGGCGGACGGAGCUGUGCUGAAUGGAGGAGGAGAGGUGGAGGAGGAGGAGAGCACCAGACAUCAGACAGUAAAAUGCAGCCCCAACCUGCUGCAGAUGCUGAAGGCAGCAGAGAGCAGGAGGACGCCGCAGGGUCGGGACAGAGACCGGGCCGAGUCUGAGACAGGAGAGCUGGUGACGGAGGCUCUGAAGACGGACAUGCAAAUUCAGUUCACCGACCAGAAGCAAGAGUUCAACAAACGUCCCACCAACACCGGUCGACGCUCUCUGUCUCGCUCCAUCUCACAGUCGUCUGCAGACAGCUACAGCUCAGUGUGCAGUGAGAGCUCCGACGAUGAGUCCUCUCCCAGAGAUAGGUCUCAGAGGACCUCCGAGGGCCUCUCGGACUUCUGCAUCAAGAACAUCAAACAGGCUGAAUUUGGACGCAAAGAAAUAUUAAUCGCACAGCGAGAGAUGCCAGCGCUGAUGGUCCUGAGGAACAGAGCCGGUGAGGAGAAACCUCUGGCUGGAGCUAAAGUGGUGGGAUGCACACACGUCACUGCACAGACAGCGGUGUUGAUUGAGACUCUGUCUGUGUUGGGGGCUCAGUGUCGCUGGGCGGCCUGCAACAUCUUCUCCACCCAGAAUGCUGUGGCUGCCGCUCUGGCUGAAGGAGGCACCUCAGUGUUUGCGUGGCGAGGAGAAUCCGAGGAGGACUUCUGGUGGUGUAUUGACCGAUGUGUCGGUGCUGAGAGCUGGCAGCCCAACAUGAUUCUGGAUGACGGCGGCGACCUGACCCACUGGAUCUAUAAGAAGCACCCGAGCCUGUUCAAAAACCUCAAAGGCAUCGUGGAGGAAAGUGUUACCGGCAUCUAUCGGUUAUACCAGCUGUCGAAGGCCGGCCGGCUGUGCGUCCCGGCCAUGAACGUUAACGACUCGGUGACCAAGCAGAAAUUUGACAACCUUUACUGCUGCAAGGAGUCCAUCCUGGACGGGUUGAAGAGAACCACUGACGUCAUGUUUGGAGGGAAACAGGCGGUGGUGUGCGGUUACGGAGAGGUUGGUAAAGGUUGCUGUUCAGCCCUGAAGGCGCUGGGUGCCGUCGUAUACGUCACAGAAGUGGAUCCCAUCUGUGCCCUUCAGGCCUGCAUGGACGGCUUCAGAGUGAUUAAACUGAGUGAAGUGGUCAGACAGGUGGACAUGGUCAUCACAUGCACAGGCAAUAAACUGGUGGUGGGACGGGAACAUCUGGACAGGAUGAAAAACGGCUGCAUCGUCUGCAACAUGGGACACUCCAGCACGGAAAUAGACCUGGUGAGUCUGCGGACAGCAGAGCUGAGGUGGCAGCGUGUGCGGCCUCAGGUGGAUCAUGUUAUCUGGCCUGAUGGAAGGAGAAUCGUCCUGCUGGCUGAGGGCCGUCUGCUGAAUCUGAGCUGCUCCACGGUGCCCUCAUUCGUCCUCUCCAUCACCGCCACAACCCAGGCUCUGGCUCUCAUAGAGCUGUACAGCGCUCCAGAGGGACGCUACAAACAGGACGUCUACCUGCUGCCAAAGAAGAUGGAUGAAUAUGUGGCCGGUCUUCACCUGCCGACGUUUGACGCUCACCUGACAGACCUGACUGAUGAACAGGCCAAGUACCUGGGCAUCAGCCGACACGGACCCUUCAAACCCAACUACUACAGGUAUUAAUCCUCUGGAGAUGAAGCUGGAUUUGAUGUUGGAGAAACAGUCGUGCAGACGGAGUACUGACGCCCUCUACAGUCUCCAUCUGCAGACUCAGACAGACUUCAACCUUUAACCUUUGUUCACUGAUUGUUCUGUUUAUGUGCAGUUCUAUCUGAUUUAUGUGUUCGCAGUAUCCAGAAUGUAAUCACAGUGAAUUCUGAAUUGAAACUUAAUGUUAAAAUGAAGAGAAACACAAAAUGCUGAAUGGGAGUUAUUUAUUUAUCUUUCUGCUUGAAAUAAUAACUUCUUAUUGAUUGGAGCAGCAAACAGUGAGGUAUAUUUAGAUGACCACAUGUAGACUGUAAGACUGAAUAUCUGAUUAUCAGUGAAGGAGAAACACAUCUGUGCAUAUUAAAUAGUUUCAUUCCCUAUA